UACGGAAAGGCGGAUGAGCCAGAGGGUGGGAGGAGAUUGAAGAGCGAAGCGAAAGAGUUUCUGUCUGUAGGCGAACGACGAACUUCAGAAGACGCGGCGAUUGACUUAAACUACUCCAGAAAUAGCACUAAUAACUGAAUAACCCCGGGAGGUCGUGACCAAGCAGGACGAAGGCGGCAGCAGCAGCAGCAGCAGCGCCGCCGUGGGCUGACGAUGGACACACAACCGGUUAUCUACUAGCAGCAGGACGGGACCACGGCAGGUCGAACGAACGAACGAACGAACGGGGCUGGUCGGGCUGCACCCACUUCGUUCACCGUUUGUUCUCCGGUUGCUCCGGACCACCGUGUUCUAAUUUUGUACGCGAAAACUAGUGAGAUCACGCGCCGGCGUUCGGUAUCAGUGCGGCAGUGCGCUCUCCUGCUGCGCCUGUUCAGGAAACGCUUCCGUGGGACGCGACUAGCUAUCUCUCUUCUUUUAGCUCUCGACAGCCAGUAUAGUUCAAAAACUCACCCGCUGGGCCUUUCCCACGGCCGGGUAAGCUAGGAAUAAUCACACAGAAAUUCGUAAUUUUAUUCAGCCGACAACAACCACUGCGAUAUUUUGUUGUCGCAGUUUAAGAACUAGUAUUAGAGCAAGCGGGUUGGUAGCUAACUUUGCUAAUUUAGUAGCUAGCCAUCCACUUCCUCCUCCUCUCAAGCUCAGCCGCCAGGUGCUGCGUUUCUCCGGCUUCACCGGCGCUGUGUGUUUUAUUUCCCCCCCCCCCCCGAUAGACACUGCAUAUAUUAUAUUUUUCACGUCUGGUGAGUUUUUACUGAAAUUUACUUUUCCUUCCCUUCCUAUCUAUGCCCAAUGAGACUUGUAUGCGAGGGGCAGGAGUGGUCGGCUUUUUUUGCGGGAGCUCGCGUGCACGCGCGCUCUGCGUUCACGCGCACGGCUGAGUUAGUGCCGGUUGAGCCUCGUUAGCAUCACUUGAGCUGUGUGCAUCCGAAGCAACCCGCAGCAUACACAGUUAGGUGUAGCCAGCCAUUAUACAUGUAUUGAUCAAAAGGGUGGGUGUUUUGAGUCUGGCUGCUUCCAGCUGGUGUGGGAUUUAUGGUGUCCAGAGGUGAUUCCAGAUCAGCACACCCCGGCGGGCCCCAAUGAAGGAGUACAAGGUGGUGGUUCUGGGGAGCGGCGGCGUGGGAAAGUCCGCCCUCACCGUCCAGUUUGUCACCGGAACGUUCAUAGAGAAGUAUGACCCGACCAUCGAAGACUUCUACCGCAAAGAAAUCGAAGUGGAUUCAUCUCCCUCGGUUCUGGAGAUUCUGGACACCGCGGGGACGGAGCAGUUUGCCUCCAUGAGAGAUCUGUAUAUAAAAAACGGCCAGGGCUUCAUCUUGGUCUACAGUUUAGUCAACCAGCAGUCUUUUCAGGACAUCAGGCCAAUGCGUGACCAAAUUGUGCGGGUGAAACGAUACGAGAAGGUGCCCCUCAUCCUUGUGGGUAACAAGGUCGACUUGGAGUCAGAGCGAGAGGUUCCGUGCUCUGAAGGACGGGCCUUGGCGCAGGAAUGGGGUUGCCCUUUUAUCGAGACUUCAGCCAAGAGCAAGACCAUGGUGGAUGAGCUGUUUGCUGAGAUUGUGCGACAGAUGAACUACACGGUGCUGCCAGAGAAGCAGGAGCAGUGCUGCACCUCCUGUACUGUACAGUGAGCUGCCCAGGCUGGCCUCCUGGGUUAGAGCUGGAGACGCUGCUACGGUUGCACAGGAAACACUACAACAUCCCAAGCUGCACCACUGACGACAAACUCCCUGCCUUUUCCUCCGGCGUUCAUCCCGAGGAUGACCGUUCUACAUCCAGAGCCAUAACACAAACCAAUUGUGGAGUGAAAUGAGCCUUUUUACAAACUCUUGAUUUCUUAUUCUUCGUGCUCAACCACAUGCACAUACAUACUGCAGUCUGAUCUGAGGGUUUUUUUAUUAAUUGGAUAGAUUGGAAGUGUUAACCUUAUCUCUGCAAUGUCUGCAUUUUAUACCAUGUUUUGUAUUUGAUUUUAAACAUUAAAAUUUAAUUUCAUUCAACUUUACCUUAAUUUUUCAAUGCUUAAAUAUCUGAAGUAUUUAAUUACAGUAUUAAAUACUUAACUUUUGUAACAAGUCAUUUUUGAUGGAGAUCUGAUUGAGCCUUAAAUGUGUAAUUUCCAUCUUUCUGACGUGAUUCCUGAAAAACUGAAUAUCCUCUCUAUUUUAUUUUGUUUCUGAGCAAUGCUAAGCUCUACAAACCCAAGGUGUUCUUCACUUUUUGCCCCCCUGCAAGUGCUCUGUACUGUGUCACAACAUCAUGAGAUACACCUGAUAAAUUUAACACUCUACAACAUCAGUCAGCUGCUGAGAAGGGUGCCUUUGAAUUUUUCAGGAAUUAUGAUUAUUUGAUUGUUCAGAUAGCUUUGUCCUGUCCCGCCAUAUUCAGAUCUGAUUAUUGAAUAGCUUGAUAUUUUUAUUGCACUUUAAAAUAUCACAGCUUUACUGGCAUGUGUUUUUUGUUUCUAUGGAAUAUAAAGCAGAUGAUGAUGGUGUGAUUUGAAAAGUACAGGUUUUUUUACUUUUUUAUGCAAUUGGUUUGUAGUAAUAAACUAAGUUGCUACAUUCAUUCUGCUGUAUACCAUACAAAUGUUUUUUUUUUUUUUAAUGGUUUUCCAUUAUCAGCCAAUAAUGCUCCUCAUUUGCAGAACUGGUGUCCAUUGGCUCUUAUGGGAACCACAUAGUUUAACAGAGAGGUGUUCAUCUGUGCAUAUGUUAAGUUUUUAUUUUGUUGAAAUCAACUACUUUAUGGGGUUUCAUCAGGUUGUAAUAAAAUUUGUACAUUGAAUUGUC